GCUGCAGAUCCUUCGAAGCACCGUGCAGACCAAUCAUAUUCUUCCGAAAGUGCUCCCAGCUUCAAGUGAACCCCGUCCACUCCCCUGCGAGGGCGUUGUAGACGAGGCUUGAGUAUUCACAGUCGCAAGGAAGGAGGAAGAAAUGUGUCGGGAAACGCUCCGCGUUCCGGGAUCCUCAAGUACCGUCUCGCGCGCCGAUCAGCUGGUCGGCGAUCGGGAAUUCCGAGCGCGAGGUCGCGCGCUCGGCGUAAACGGGAAGAGGGAGAGCCUUAUCGACCGGCUGGAUGCAGAGCGGUUACGCAAUCGAUUUGAUUCGCAGCCAGCGAAUGCGAUCGUCGCGACGGGCGAGACGGAAGCGCGGCGCGUCGCGCGAUCCAGCGCGCGCUCGUUCCUGCCCGACGCCGUCGUCGAUCGGUCGGCCGGCUGAACGGUGAACGGUAGUGCCAGGUCGCGGACAGACGGAGCAAGGCGUGCGCGUGCGCGGGCGCGAUCUCUCGCAGGUAGUUUAAAAAUGGCGGCCGACAGGUAGACGUUUCCGCGGCUUGCACGCGCUGGCAAGCACGAGGAACGCGAGCGAGUUCUCGCCACCGAGAGGUGGCCCGCGCACCGUAUCUCGUGAGACGCGUGAGCGCGCGCGCGCCCACGCACGCGGCCCGUCGCAACACACGGUCGCGCGCGCGGCCGAUUAUGCCGUGUUAUCCUCCCUGAUGGACAGGCGCGGAAACCGCGAAGUGAAUGAAUCGCCGACGUCGUCGCGCGUCCGAGAGUCCGCGUCGUCGUCGCCGCCGCCGCCGCUCGUUACAUUCCGCUUUCGCACGAUCGCGAGCGCGGAGGGAAAAGGGGGAGAAGGAAAGCGGACCACCGUCGCCUUCGCCGCCGCAUGUCUAGCCGCGCGCUCGCAUACGUAAAUAUACCUGCAAAAAUUACAAGCAUUUAACAAUGGAACACUCGGAGUUAGUAGCAGAAAUGGUACACGUCGAAAGACUGACGACACAGGAGCGGUUGCAUUUAGCACGUCACCGUAGACUUCAACAAUUAAAAGUAUGGAGGCAACGUGAAAAAGAAUGGUUGCGGCACCAAACCAGGCAUACGAGUAACAAACGUCACAUAUACUUUAGUGAUAGUGUUAUGUUAUUGGAAGCAGCUGCGAGAAACGAUAUCGAUGAAGUAAGACGGCUCCUGAAGAAAGGUGUAAAUCCAGACUCGACGAACGAAGAUGGCUUAACAGCAUUGCACCAAUGUUGCAUAGAUGACAACGAAGAGAUGAUGAAGUUACUCAUUGAAUUCGGUGCUAAUGUGAAUGCGGAAGAUAGCGAGAAGUGGACGCCGUUACACGCCGCCGCUACGUGUGGCCACUUACAUCUAGUUAAAUACCUUAUCGCCAGGGGUGCGAAUUUAUUGGCUGUUAAUGCGGACGGCAACAUGCCGUAUGACAUUUGCGAGGAUGAAAAAACACUGGAUUGCAUUGAAGGAGAAAUGGCGAGGCGAGGAGUUACCCAAGAAUUAAUAGAUGAAACGAGAGCAUCGACUGAGGUUCAAAUGUUGCGAGAUUUACAAAAGAUCGCUUCCUUGGGGGGAGAUCUUGAAUACAAGGACCAUCAAGGCGCCACGCCUCUCCACAUUGCAUCAGCGAAUGGUUACCUGAGAGUCGUGGAAUUUCUUCUCGAUCAACAUGUAUCGACGGAUGUCGAAGACAACGACAAGUGGCAACCGGUUCACGCAGCUGCAUGUUGGGGACACCUGGAAGUACUCGAACUAUUGGUACAAAAUGGAGCUGAUCUAAACGCGAAGAAUAAACACGACGAGACUCCUGCAGACAUAUGUGAAGACCCGGAAAUCAGGGAGAGGAUAAUGGAACUGAAAACGGAACAAGAGAGUAAACGACUUCGCGAAGCACAAGGACGACGGGUACGCAGGUCGCAGAGCAUAAAUACGCGGACGCAAAGUGUACGUCGGACAUCCAUUCGGGACAAGGUUCUCACUACGAAGAAAGAUGCUCAGGAAGAGGCUCGGUUAAGGUUACAGGCGCAACAGACGUACGUUAGCGCUCCCACGCCUAGUAUCCCACCAUUGGAGAAUAGUACGCAAGAAGUAGGGGACCACGAGACUGAUUCUAGCGCACUGACGCCAGCGGUGCGAAAAGGCCCCGAAGGAAAAGACAACGAGUCUUUCCUUCACGAAGAUGUUGAUAAAGAUUCAGCAGUGACAGGGCCUGACUCAGCCACGGUCGGCGGCCAGCAACCGGCGCCGAUUUACGCGGCCGAUACCGGCGAUAACAACGGCAAGAUCAACAUUCACGUGUCCGUUGUUUUCGUCAAAUCCUUGUCAGAUCUGAAGAAGCAGCGGGCGCAGAAUCGGCACAUAUCCGGUGGCUCCCUAGACGCUAACGGGAAUGGUAUACCGAUGCCGGUCUCGUCCAUCUCCAAUUCCGACCUCAGCACCGAUGACUUUCAACGUUUCACCGGGAACACUAGCGAAAUCGUGGGCGAUAAUCACUCGGAGAAGAGCUGCUGUACCGUCAUGUAACAUAUGGGCUUUCACAACGACGACGACGACGGCGACGACGACCGACGACGACGACGACAGCAACAGCAACAAUUUUGUGUCCUGCCGUUAGAAAUUAUAGUUAGGAAUCCUUGCGAAUACAUGAAAGGAAUCCGUUAGGAAUCCUUGCGAAUACAUGAAAGUGUGUUCCUGCUAUUAAGCCCCGCGCCGUGUUUCACGGAGAAACUCUCAAUCGCUCGUGUUCUUAAAUUUCACGCAAUCUCGCGAUCUUUUCUUCUAUAUUGCGUUUCAUUGGCGAUAUACGCGCAUUACUAAUGGAUAUCCGCGGCGAUGCGUAUUGAUGAGUUACUCUCACGGAGCAGGAAAUAGGAGAAUCAGCUUUAAAAUCAAAACAGCUAUCGUUUUGAUAGUGCGAUAUCGAACGGCGUGUACUUAAAACUGCAAUUAAGAGAAAGAUAGAGAGAAAGAGAGAGAGAGAGAGAGAGAGAGAGAUCUGCGCCGCGAUUGUUACGCGCGUGCGACUGCGGCGCUCGGAUAAAUUUAAAUUUUAUCGUUCCAACAAUUGAGAACACCUUAGAUAACGUUAAUGACGUGAACUUAGAGCGUGUACUUACAUUCGCAGAGAUAUAUUUGCAUUGUCGAGUUAUUUACAAAUUUCCCAGCGCCUAAGAAUUAAGUAUUGUAAAGAGUUUUACCUUAAUUUAUUGUUACAUAAGAGAGAAAUGUAUAGAAACUACAUUUAGCGACUAAGGAAUGUGUAUUGCAUUUUUCGUAGGUACUACCUAGAACUUUCGGAUUUUAUAGUACGGUAUCUCCGCAAAAAGAGAGAAAAAAAAAGAAAAACAAGUAUAAGACUUAUCAAAACAUCUUCCAAUGUUUUUUAUGAGACUCUAGCUGUAAGGAUUAAGUAAAAACUGUUUUUUAUAUCGAUUUAAAAAUUAUUUGUAAAUUUUGAUAUGUAGUAUUUAUCUAUAUUAUGACUAUAUAAACGCAACACAUUGGAUUCCUUGUUCUGCGUAUAAGCGAGCCACACACACAUACAUACAUCACUGAUUUACAAUUUCGCACCUGUGUUGUGUACGCCUACGGGGAGGCGAGGAGGCGUUUAAGUUUGUUUCAGUCUCGCGUGUCAGAUGUUCGAGAGAGAGAGAGAGAGAGAGAAAGAGAGAAAUACAUACGUAUAUAAUACAUAUGUGAGCUUUACGCGGAGUAAAGCUCACAUAUUUCCGUGCGACGAUCGAACAAUCAAAAAUGGGACAUACCGGUAACAACAUUCUCUCCAAUUGCGCGUGUGCGCGCAGGGAAAUAUGUAUAAAGUAACAAUAUCUCAUCCUGCCGAAGCCACCUGCGUACUUUUCGCGCACACCGCCUCGAUCAGUCAGUCUCGAUCCAUCCGAAUUAUAAAUACGCGAGAAAAGCAAGCUUUCAACGGGAACGCAUAGUACAAACGAACGCACGUACAUCUUUCCACGGCGCACGAUGAAACGGCGCGUUGCCAAAAACAAAAAAACAAUGGAACCGUGCGCGACUUCCGAUCUUACGAGCGCGUUCGCGUGAUUCGCAAAUUAUUCCAGAUCUUCCAAUACCGCGUUAAUCGCACAUCUUCGAUACAAUGCCAUACAACCGCGAUGUAUUACCGAUAUUUCGAUCGAUGAACGUAAUGUAACACGUGAUUGCACAUAGCGUGAUUGUUCAUACUUGAUUUCGAUGUGAAUGCUGCGGCGAAAGUUGAUUUGUUUUAAAUGGCUGUAUUGAAAAUAAAUUUAUGUGACGUCCACCACAUGUUUCUUGUAUUGUAAAAUAUAAUAUAAUAACGUUAUAUAAAAUAAAGUCACUCUCUGUAUAUGUUAA